AUGGUGAUGGCUGGUCGCGCCACAGCUAUUCUGAAGUUGCAGCAGCAGCGGGAUCCCGAUGUCCUUGACCUUCGACCUUACACCGAAGAGAUCAGUGAUUUUCUUCUGGUCGAAAUGGCACACCAGCUUCGAGCCAACCGAUCCGUCACUGGCUAUUCACUUCUCAUUCUCUCCGAAUGCAGCGGGUUUACUCCUGUGGGCUUGCGCUCUCUUGUGCACGCCGUGGGAGAAACGCUUCGCCAGCUCGAUUGUUCGUGCACAACCUUAUCGGUGCCGAUGCUGCAGGUGCUAGCUACGGGUAUUGAGCGUCUGGAUGCAGUCGAUUUUUCGUCAUGCCCUCACCUUUUGAGUGAAGGUGUGCGUGAGUUCAUUUCGUGUUGCAACACUUCGUUAACCCGUCUGAAUCUUUCACGCUGUAGAGCACUAACAGAUGAUGCAUUGGGGUGGGUCGGCGGCGCGUUGGGGCCUCAAAGCUCUCGAACUCGAUGCCGUCGGCUACUGUCGCUCGAUAUUUCCUAUACAAGUGCCAUUUGUGAUCGUGGUCUUGCAGCUCUUGGUGUAGGCUGUCAAGCACUGCAAUUUUUGAAUUUGGAGGGUCUCGAGCGCAUUUCAGAUGAUGGAAUAUUGGACGUUGUCCAGGGCUGUAAGGUUCUGCGUGUCCUCAGUCUAAAGCGAUGUCACCAAUUGACCAACACUACACUUGGACACAUUGGAAAGCAUGGUCUGAAUCUGCGUACCAUUAAUCUAAGCGGGUGCUACGGGAUGUCAUCUGCCGGACUAAUAGCAAUGAUGCGGGGUACAUCAUCACUGCAAUCCUUGAACCUGGAGGGGUGUUUGCACAUGCGUGAGGACAUCCUUGCUCUUCUUGCAACAGCUUGUCCUGCUCUGCAAACGCUCAAUCUGACGGGAUGUCAAGAGAUCACGGAUACCGGUAUAAAGACAUUAGCCGAGAACAUGCCAUUCGUACAAAGAGCAUGUACAUAUCGUGGGUUGGAACCACGUGUUGAUGGACUACAGAUCAAGUACUCCAUUCAAGAACAGACAAUACGUUCCUCGGCGGCAUUGAGGCUUCAAGCCUACUAUCGAGGGUAUGUAGGUCGAUGUGUCGCUGCCUCGUGGCGUGAAACAAUGGUGCAAACUCCAGCUUGUAGCAAGAUUCGGCGGUGUUACAUGUGCUGGCAUCUUAGACGAGAACUUGAUUACCGUGUAAAGCACACAAAGCUCAUAUACAACAGCGCCGUGCGAAUUCAAAGCUUGGUUAGAGGGGUUCUCGGUCGGGCCGCUGUAGUCUGUUCUCAACAAGAGGAACGUCUUCUCACUAUUUGGGCUGUCUAUGCGAUCAAAGUGCAGUCUGCGUACCGAGGAUAUUGGACACGACGGCACCUCGUCCUCGUGCGUAAAGCUAUGGAGCGAUACCGCCUGGAACAAAGCUUUCUUCAGCGUGAAGCUGCUGCAGCUCGUUUACAAAGCAUUUACCGUGCGCGAUUUGGUAGGUCUCGCUUUGAAGACCUGAUGACGCUGAAUCAAAGGCAACGACAAGAACAGCACGUAGCUGCUGUGACGUUGCAGCGACUUUAUCGAACUCGCACGACACGUCGUGCGUACCGUCAAUUGCGUGCUGCUAUUGUGCGGCAGCUAGAAGAGACUCGCGAACUUGAGAGGUUUGCAGUGAAGUUGCAAAGCAACUGGCGCGGGCAUCGAAGUCGUCAAAACGAAUUGAUUCGAAUCCGUGUGAAAGCACAAGCUCGUGAUGCUCUUCAAUACGCAGCAGCUAGUUAUAUCGAUGCUGGUGUGCGCGGAUACUUUGGCCGACGGUAUGCAAGAUCUGAGCGCGUCCGGGCUCAAACACGACACCGUGCUGCUUGUGCCAUCCAGCGUGCGUGGCGAAGAUACUCAGAGCCUGACUCAAAACAACUGGAGCUGAACGUAAUGAUAAUGCGUUUACGCGAAAGCGCACUCAAUGAAGAUGUUGUAGCCCGAGCUCAACAGGAGGUAAUCUUGCGGAAGGCACGUGAUUUGGCUAAUCGCGAUUCAGCUUCAGAAACCGAGAGCGACGAUGACUGGCGCGACUUCCAGGACGAGUAUGGUGACCAGUUUUGGUUUUCCCCAUCUCGCAACGAGCGAGUCUACAUGCGUCCAAAUGAUCACGCUCGCGAAAAAAGUAUUCUCGAAAUGCCUUGUCGUGUGUUGUGGCCGCUAGAGCAGCGCUGGUUUGACGGCCGCAUAACCCGCUACAACUGGAAGAAAGAUCGACACCGCAUCAACUACGACGACGGUGAUCAUGAGUGGCUCAGUGUCUUUCACGCCGAUUCGUCGCGCGUUCAGCUCUUUAAUGGACACUGUUGGUGCAUGGCUCCGAUGCUAGAUACGUCAAAGCGGGCGCUACGAGCGGCUAUCUUUAUUGGGGUCUACUUCCAGCGAUUCGACCCCCGACGAAUGUUUUGGCGAAGCGGUACGAUCCGAGCGUACCACGAGCCUAGCGACAUGUUCUUGCUGAUAUACGACCCUGUCGACUAUGUAAACGGCGAACCGCCGCAGUACGAACAGGAGUGGGUGAGUGUUUUCACGACUGAAAACCAUUUUCAGGUGCAGGAUUUGAUGACUUGUCAAUGGUAUUCUCUUAGCGGGUAUGUAUUUGGCCGCUGUGACAGACUUUUUGGAAUAUGA